AUGAAUAAGCCAUGCCCACCCCACCUCAGAUCAGCAGGAGUCUGCAGACACUGCAUGGCUCAUCCAUCAGGAAGAGUUUCAUCAAAAGAACAAGGCAAUAAAGUAUCUGCAGAAAUAGGAGUAGUAGCAGUAGUCGCAGUUAGUUUCUUGAUUAUCUCUGGUAUCUUUAUUUAUGCAUUAAUGACGAUGGAUGCAUUCGCCAUAGUUUCAGCAUUACGGCAAACCCGUGUCAAAUAUAUAGCGGAUUUGGGCGCUCUAGCCAAAACGAAUCCUAUUUCGGCUAUUACCUUCUCCAUUACUAUGUUCUCAUACGCAGGAAUACCCCUGUUAGCCAGCUUUUGUAGCAAAUUCUAUUUUUUCGCCGCUUUGGGUUGUGGGGCUUACUUCCUAGCCCCAGUGGGAGUAGUGACUAGCGUUAUAGGUCGUUGGGCGGCCGAAAAGUUGCCACGAAUAAGUCAGUUUGGAGGACCGAAGGCAGUUCUUCGUGCACCGGACGCGUAGCUUACCGAAUCAGUUGCGACACCGAUGGGAAUGCAUGCUACGAAAGAUAGGGUCGAGUCUGAUACAUCAACCGUCUACUCAAUAUCCUUAGUAGAGUCCACAAUCACUACACGAGAUGAACCUUGGUUUGGUGAAUUGAAGUUCGCCUUAGGUGUAAUAGGACUCCCAGUUACUGUGCGCGAUCGUAUACUGAGGUGCUCCCCGCCGGUUGUUGGAACGACGGCGAGCCGGGACGGGCCUGGAUUCAGAAAGAUGAAGGGCCCCAAAGUAUAAAUAGGGGGUUACAAAUUCCCCAUCUCAUUGGGGGCGGAAAACGAAUCGACAUCUCGAUGUGAUACAGCCUUUUCUUUUUUAGUUGGGAAAGAACGGCUAAGAGUUUUUAGCAUGUCCACCUCAGCUCAAAAAAUCAACCAAU